AUGACAGAACUAAUUGCAGCAGGAGGAAAUAUACACGGAAACUCGUCCGACUACAAAGACAACGUGUUAGUGUUUGGCGUGGGUCGAGCUCUCGCCUUCUGGGAGCCCAAGCAAGCCAAGAACAUCUCGAAUCUGCUUACUGGACAUUCUGAUAACGUCACAGCAGUGCGAUUCGGAAAAGAUAUGCUGCUUUCGGGAGCCGUUGACGGCCACGUGCUCGUGUGGAAGAAGCAUGGUAACAGUUGGACUGUGGGUCAGACUCUGAAAGACCACAAUCGGGCUGUCGGUGACAUUGCUGUUUGUGGGGAUAUCGUGGCUACUGCGUCUUCAGACGGAUCAGUGUGUGUGUACCGAGUCAAGGAGGACCUUGAGCUAAUCCAGAAACUUGAGGAAGGUCCCCGAUUCAUGCCUCUGUGUCUGGGUAUCACUUCUUAUGAAGGAAAGCAGAUUCUAGCUGUGGGAGGUACUUCCAAGCUCGUGUUCAUUUACGUUAUGGGAGAGGACAGGUUCUCCCUGGAGGCUUCAUUGAAGGGUCAUGAGGACUGGAUCCGAUCUCUGGACUUUACCAUUGACGAGGGUGACUUCCUGCUUGCUUCUGCGUCUCAGGACAAGUACAUUCGUCUAUGGAGACUGCAUUUUGGAGAAGGAGUGGCCAACCGACGAACGGCCGACAUUACAGACCCCUUUCUUACAUCGCCGCUGCUUUCCAACAAGGAAUACACUUUUGAGGUUGCUGGCACUCGCGCCACUUUCUCGUUUGAAGCUCUGGUUAUGGGGCAUGACGAUUGGGUGUAUCAGGUGAGAUGGAAUGGCUUGAGACUGCUGUCUGCCUCGGCUGACACUUCUCUGAUGAUGUGGCAGCCCGAUCUGAGCUCCGGAGUGUGGACUGCAGAUGCUCGACUUGGAGAGAUCACUGUGAAGGGUGCCACUACAGCUACCGGAUCCAGUGGAGGAUUCAUGACCUGUUUGUGGCUCGAUGACGACUAUGUGGCUACAAUUGGUAAGACUGGGUCGUGGCGACUGUGGAAGGGCGACGAAAGGUGGACCUCGGCUACCUCUAUCACUGGCCAUUUUAAAGAAGCCACUGAUGUGUGUUGGGCCAAGGAUGGCUCUUAUCUGCUGAGUGCUUCUCAUGAUCAGACUACACGAAUCUUCGCUCCUAUCGAAGGUACCUGGCGAGAAGUUACUCGGCCACAGAUCCAUGGUUAUGAUAUGAUAUGCCUUGCAUCUAUUGAUGGGGACACUUUUGUGUCUGGAGCCGAUGAGAAGAUCUUGAGAACUUUCACCAAACCCAGAGGAGUGGCAGAGCUGCUCGAGAAGCUCUGUAACAUCUCUUCUGGAGAUUCUCUACCUGAAUCAGCCUCCAUGCCGGCAUUGGGACUCUCAAACAAGGCUGUUUCUCAAGACGAAGAGCCAGAUGAGGGACAGGAACGAGAAGACACUGUCAUGGACGCCAGUUCGAACAUCUACCAGGUCAUUGCAGAUCUCAAAACUGCUCCUCUGGAGGAACAUUUGCAACGACGAACCCUGUGGCCUGAAGUUGACAAGCUGUACGGUCAUGGUUACGAAGUCACCUGUGUUUCAGCCAGCCAGGACUCUUCAGUCAUCGCCACUGCCUGUCGAGCCAACUCUUCCAAGCAUGCCGUCAUCAGACUGUAUGAGACCAAAACGUGGCAAGAGCUGGCUAACCCUCUAGAGUACCAUCAGCUGACAGUCACUCGAACCCGCUUCUCACCCGACGACAAGUACCUACUGUCAGUCUCACGUGACCGAAACUGGGCCGUCUGGGAGAAGACUGCUGACAACUACGCACUCUUUUCCACCCAGGAGAAGUCUCCCAAUGGUCACAACCGAAUCAUCUGGGAUUGUGCAUGGGCUCCUCUGGAGUUUGGCAGCCGUGUUUUUCUCACUGCUUCCCGAGACAAGUCUCUGCGAGUGUGGCGGGAAAAGGAGGGAAUUUGGGAAACUGCGGCUACAGAGAAGUUUCCUGAUGCGGUUACUGCUUGUGAUGUUCUACCUGAGUUGGAAAAUGGCAAUCUGAAGGUCAUUGUGGGUCUGGAUAACGGCCAGGUCUACUUGGUCACUGUUACAAAAGAGUUCCAGAUGACUAGUGCGAAACAGACUCUUCAUUGCGACAAAAGAAUCAAUCGUAUUUCGUGGCAGCCCGAGUCCAACAAGAGAUACGCUCUUGCCUCUGCCGACAAAUCUGUUAGAAUUGCUUGCACCGAGCAGUAA